GCUUCUCGCCUCCUCCCACCAUUAACUUUCCUCGUGGCGUUCAAUUGUUCUCGCGAGAUUUCGGGCCCACUAUUAGCUGGGUCGCGGGCUGGAUCUUCCUUUCCUUGCGCGAGGUUGUGGAGAGAAACUACAUCACGUUUACCGAAUUGUCAGAACUCUUAAGCAAAUAACAAGUGGCGAAUAAAACAAUUUGGAGAAGGACUUGGGAGAUAUGUAACUGGAAUGAAUUUUAACUCUAUAAUGGCAUCUAAUUCAGCUGUGGAAAUUGAAAAUGAGAGUGAUAACUCUUCUGGUAGCAGCUUAUUUAAAACUCAGUGUGUCCCUUACUCACCUAAACAGGGGCAAAGAAACCCUACUAGAAAGUUUGUUCAUUCACCUGAAGAUGUUCAGGCAAGGGAUUCAUCUAGUGACUCAUCUUUUGAACCAAGACCAUUGACUUUAAAAGCUAUUUUUGAAAGAUUCAAAAAAAAGAAACGUAAAAAGAGGAAAUAUAAACCAACAGGAAGACCAAGGGGAAGACCAAAAGGGAGAAAAAACACUAGACGUUCCCAAAUAAAUAAGAAACAAGUUCAAGAUAAAGGAUCUGGGUUCCCAUUUUUAGAAUCUGAGAAUGCAAGAAAACCAUUACCUUGGAGAAAAAUUUUAACCUUUGAGCAAGCAGUGGCAAGAGGAUUUUUCAACUACCUUGAAAAACUGAAGUAUGAAUACUACCUCAAGGAAUCCUUGAAACAAAUGAAUGUUGGUGAAGAUUUAGAAAAAGAAGAUUUUGACAGUCGUAGAUACAAAUACUUGGAUGAUGAUGGUUCUCUCUCUCCUAUUGAAGAAUCAGAAACAGAGGAGGCUGCAACAAAUCUUGAACAUAAUGAUGAAUGUGAUAUCAAAUUGGUGGACAAUAAUGAUUUCAUAAUAAGUUCUGAAGUACCAAAGAUGAAGAAUGUGUAUUUAGAACAAGAAGAAUAUACUGAAGAAGCCGCUUUGUCUAAAAAGAGAGCAUCAAAGUCCAAAAACAUUGGACAGGACAGAAUGGCCUGAAAAGAGAUAGGAAUAUGAAUGUUAAGGUAAAUAGAACAGAGAAAACGGCUUUUUGUAGAAAGUAAAGAUGAAAAACAUAAUGUAUAUGUUGGCGUAGUGAUAAAGAACCUGCUAAGGAGAAAAAAAGAAUGUCUGAACAAGUUAAUGAAACUCGUAACGAAUUACUAGAAAAAACCAUUUUAAAAACAGUGAAAUUAUACACAUAGAAAAAAUUGAGGCUUGCAUAUAGCAGAAAUAAUCACUUGAGAAAUAAUAAACAGAAGAUCUGUUUUGCCUCUGCUUGUUUAUUUCAGGGUAAGCACUUAAAAGGCAUCAUUUGAGCCUUCAAGAAGUACAGAGAUUGUAAAUCUUUUAUUACAGUAAUCACUAAUGAUGGACGGCAACCAUCCAUUCCUCAGAGUACCUGAAACGGGUUUUGCCCGCAGUUUUAUUCAGAUAAAAGUGACCUUUAGCUUCAAAUACGUAGUACCAUAAUAAGAACUUACUAGUUACCUAGACUAUUUCAGCUACCACUUACUACUGCAUAUUGCUGAGUAUGCCACUAAAUAUAUACUGUAUUUUAUGAUCGCACUUGUGCUUGUUUUUGUUUAGUUUGUGAACAAAGACUUAGACUAAGUGCAAAAAAUAAAUCCUCUUUUGCAACCCAGAACUCAUGGCACAGUAUGAGUUUUGAUACAUACAAGAAGGAACAAGAUCCCUAAAACAGAUUAAAGUGAUGGUGGGUAUAUUGACAAACCUGAAGGGCGGUUCCAGGACUGUAGAAUUACUAAAGGUAUAUAAGGGAAGGGGUGCCUGGGUGGGUCAGUCAUUAAGCGUCUGCAUUGGGCUCAGGUCAGGAUCCCAGGAUCCUGGGAUCUAGCCCUGCAUCAGGCUCCCUGCUUGGUGGGGAGGCUUGCUUCUCCUUCUCCCACUCCCUCUGCUUGUGUUCCCUCUCUCUGUCAAAAAUAAAUAAAAUCUUCAAAAAAAAAAAAUAAGGAAAAUCUCAGCUAUAUUGAAUUAGUAUUCUAAUUUUAAUGCUGACAUGAAACAAAGAUGCUUUUUUUUUUAGGCUUUUCACUUGAACACAAUGUCUGGACUUUAAAGGUAUGUCUUAUGCUUUAGGUGAGUAUUUGGGUCAGAUUUGUUGAAAUGAACUUUGUCAGACAGUUUAAACCUCCACAGGUUUCAUUACUGAAAGACAUUUUGUCAGUUGACAAUUUGUUUGACAUUUCAGAAAAAUGAAUUUUAGGGUUCACACAUUUUAUAGUGGUAAAGUGCAAGCUUCACUUUACUAGCAAGAAAGGGUCUCCACAAACUAAGUUAGUUUAUAUUGAAAUAAUCAGAAUACUAGAUAUUCUCAUUUCACACAUUUACAUUAUUUUAAACUAAUGCAUAAUCUAAAAUGAGGUAUAAGAUUUAGUAGUGUAAUGUUAGAAAUGACUAGAGGACAUAAAAUUUCCUAAAUCUGAAUGAUGCAAACGGUAAUUAAAAAGCACCCAAUUUAUCUUCCAGUGAUUUCAUAAAUGGGAAGAACAGAAAUACAUAAAGCCACAUUAAUAUUUUCCUCUUUUUUAGUGAUAUCAAAUAAUGGUAUUUCUUAAGGUGAGGCAAAAAUUUAAACACUGCUGUAAUCUGGAAUGUCCUAGACAAAACAUACUCUGAUACUGGAGUUUGCCAAAAUCAGGACUUUUAGAUAUGGAAAUCUUUUUCCUUCCUUUGGUGGUUCUAUAGUAGCCACUUUGUACUUAUUUUUAGUAUUUGGUUUUUAUUCUCAUUGUAACUUACUCCUUCCUGUAAGCAUUUUAAAAAUCCUUACUGUGUAAUUUAUGGAAUGAUAAGUUUGUUGUAAAUGUUCGGCUUUUUGCACAAUUUUGAACUCUGUGACUGAGAGCAGAUCACUGUUGUGUUUUUCUUGUGGAAUCUUCCAAUUUAAAACUAAACAAUGGUUGAGGUCUAUCCCGAUGGGGCUUUUUCUCUGUAGACCUACAUCGUUGGAAACGCCUCAUAGAGUAUAUGUGUGGUUUUCUUUAUUCACAGAACUAUGUGUUAGAUCUGUGGGAAAGAACUACAAGACAUUUAACUGCUAAAAUUCUGUGAAAGACCUAAUAGUCAAAUUUUUUUAAAUCUUAGGUGUUGGCAUAUCCCAACAAUCUGUACAGUUCUAGGGUGUGAUGGCUUAGGGGUGAAUAGGAUUUGAACUCAUAUUUAGAGGGGUGUUUGAAAUUGAGAACCAGGCAGAUCCAGGCUCAGACCCUAACGGGGCCCCGGAGUAAAGACAUUGGAUCCCAAAGAUUACAGGUGGGGAGUUUUUGAAGUAUGUCCGUAUUCAAGUGGAGAUCGAAGAAGCUCAACCGAAAGAACUCUGGCAAG